AUGCCCCUGAUGCCAGCGCCCAUGCCCUUACCCUCGGCACGGCAACCGACGGGACUGCCGGGGGCUUAUGCAGUGAGUACGGGUUUCGCUCGUCCCAUGCUCUAUCCCAUGGUGGAGGACAGCUCUAUUGGUGGUGAUACCGAAGCGGAACCGCAGGAUUCUCCUGCUAGUAGCGAAUUGCCGCCACCACUGCAGGCAACCCUUGUAGUUACCGCACAGCACCCCAGGACGCUCCAAGAUGCAUCGUGCCACGGAGCAACGGUUCAGCUUGCCACAGCCGUUCGCGAUGAUGACGGCCAAAAGAGACGCACGAUUGCAGCUUUGUUUGCAUUGGCUGUGGUGGUCAUGCUGGCCAUUAUUUUAGCUCUUGUCUUGGGACUCCUAGGAAUAUUGGAUGGAAACAAGGUAGAACCACCGCAGAUUGCUCUCGGGGGAAACAAUGAAAAUGCAAACGGCACCCUUCCAACUCUCCAACGAAUCAAACAGGAAGGUAUCUUACGAUGUGAAUAUCGUCAUGUUCCCAAUAUCAUAGCGGAUAUUGCUGGAUUCAGCUACAGCCUUUGCCUUGCAGUGGCAGCUGCCAUCUUUGGACCAGAGACUGCUAAGGACAAGAUGGACUUUCAAGAAUACAAAAAUCGAAGCUCUCUGUUUGCACCGCUUGUGGAAGGGCAAGUGGACUUGUACAGCUCUUUUUACACACAUACCAUGGAACGGGAUGUACUCCAGACUCAAGUCAAGACUGGCUUGUCCUUUACCCCUCCUUGUCUACAGACAGGAAUGGUAAUUGCUGGUGAUCCCUUCCAUGUUGGCUGUGUAGAAGACAACUUCAGACAUCUCGAUGAGUGUCAGAGCUUGAAGAUUUGUGUUGGACAGGGCACAACCUAUACAAGUAUACUGGAAGCUUUCCUGCCAAGAAAAUUUAUUGUUGAAGUGGCAACUGUGGGCGAUAUUGAAAAUGUGUUUUUCAAUGCUGCCUGCAAUGUCAUUGCUACGGGAAGUUUCGUUGCCUUGAGUGCAGAGGAGAUGGCAGCUCCUAUGGGCCUUGUUACCAGAGAAGACGAUCCAAAAUUCUCAGCCUUUGUGGCUGCCAUUGUGGAUUCCCUCAAUGUGGCAGAGCUACACAACAUCACUCAGGCAUCUGCACACUUGUUUCCCACAAUGCAAGUCUUUGGCAUUGAGUAUCAAUACAUGUUUCAAAAUGCCAUUGCUGCUGUGGGAAACUAUGGUGAGAUCUACAAUCGCCAUUUGGCCAGAGGUAUUCCUCGGGCCACAAUCAACCAGAUCAAUCAAGGAACCACAGGAUUACUCUUUGCACACCCAUUUGGUGCAAUUGGGGAGAAUGCGAGAGAGGAAGACAAUAUUCCACUGGGUGAUGAUCUCCAAUCAAUUGUGGAUAGAGGGAGUGUUCGCUGUGGCAUUAGUGCCAAUGCAAAAAGGGCUGGUUUUGCUUCCAAACUGAAUACUCGUAAUGUUUCAUCUGUGGCUUACAAGGGAUUUGAGAUUGAUCUCUGCAGAGCUCUAUCCACUUCAUUGUUUCAAGGCGGGCCCAACAAUAUACAGUUCAUAGAGGUGAAGGAACCCCAAGAUGGCUUUGCUCUCCUGGCAAGUGGUGCAAUAGAUGUUUUGGCUGGAGUGACAAGCAGUAAUCAGAACCGUGUCAAGGAACCAACGACAGGACUAGGCUCUUCCUUUUCUGUGCCCUACUUUUAUAAUGGUUCUGCAAACAACAACAGCAGCAAUCUCUGCAUGGCCACCAAUCAAGAUGCCCAUGACUUGUCUGCAUGGGUGCACUGGAUUGUCACUGCUUUAAUCUUUGCGGAGGAGCACGAUAUUGGUCAAGAAACAUCCUACAGGAUGCCAGAGGUCCUCCUGUUUGGUAACCAGUACAAGCGGAUGUUUCGAGAUGCCAUUUUGGAAGUGGGGAGCUAUGGCGAUAUAUUCAAUCGAAACUUGAGGCCCAUCAACAUUUUGCGCACUGGCCAGAACAUGCUCAAUCUAAACUCCAACCAAGGACCCCAACGCUAUGCACCUCCAGGGUUUAUCUAA